CUUCUGCAUCAUCAUCCAAAGGCAUCAAAAACUUCUGCAUAACUUGAGGUAUGCAACUUCUCAAUAAAGCCCAUGCAAAAUAACAUAUGCUUUAUUAGUUAGAAUAAUAGUUUUUUCCUCACUUAUUUAGUCAGCAUUUGUUGCUAUUUUGAUUCUCUGUGCAUUAUAGAAGAAAAAUGGUCUUGGCCCAUUUGCAGAAACUUGGAAAACCAUCCAUUGUCAAAUGGGUUUCUAUUGGUUUUGUUAAUAACAACUUUAGAGUAUCAAGAAGCAAUUUUUGGGCAAUUUGGGGAACUGGGUCGUGCCAAAUUGCCAAAAACUUUAGCUGUUAUAGUAGAAGAAAGGCCAGGAUGAUGGAAAUUGCUGCUGAAAAGGAAGCCCAAGCUGCUUUGUUAGAUUACUUGCAUUCUACUAGAAGCUUGCUGUUUACUGAUGCUGAUAAUAUGAGUAGAAAUUCACCACACUUUCUCAGGAAGUUGUUGGGAAAAGUGGAUAAUCAGGCUGAGAUUGGGCGGUCUAUAACCCGGUUUCUUAGGUACCAUCCUAUCAACGAGUUUGAACCAUUUUUUGAGAGUAUGGGAUUGAAACCUUCUGAGUACUCUACGUUGCUUCCAAGGCAACUGAUGUUCUUGAAUGAUGAUCCUGUUUUGCUGGAGAACUAUCAUGUCUUGUGUAAUUACGGUAUUGCACGGAAUAAGGUAGGAAAAUUUUACAAGGAAGUGCCUGAGAUUUUCAGAUACAAUGAGGGGGUCCUGCAGAAAAAGAUUGAUUCUUUUGAAAAGGUGGGGCUGAGUCAAUCUACUGUGAUCAGAGCUGUUCUUUCAAGUCCAUAUCUUUUGGUUGGGGAUGCAAAUCUGGAGUUCUUUGAUGUUUUAGAUAAAUUGAGGAGUGCUGAUCCUGCAUUUGAUUGGAUUGAGCACUUAAUGGAAGAAAAUUCGUAUGAUUGGAGGCAAAUGCUUGAGAUUUUGUGCUUGCUUGGCAAGAUGGGUUGCAGUGAGGAGCAGUUGGGAAGUUUAAUUCGAAAGCAUCCAGAACUCAUAUUUGAGAAUUCAGGAUCCAAUGCCUUAUUGCUGAUUGGGGUCUUGACAAAAUUUGGAUUGAGACCAGAUGAGAUAUGCAGUACGUUCCUUCAGUUUCCACAAAUCCCAAUUGCAAAGUUUCUGGGGAAUUUAAAGCAUUGCUAUAAUUUUCUUGUUGAAAUUGAGAUGGCUAUGCUAGAUGUUGGGAGGAUAGUUUGUUCACAUACUAUAUUGCUAGGUUCAUGUACUAUAAAGAAACUUGAAACAUUGCUGACUGCUUUGAGAGUUACAAAGGAUCAGCUCUGUGAAAUCGUGAAGGAAAGUCCUGAAGCAAUGGAGAACUGGGUUGUUGGAAAGAAAAUUAAGCGACUCCCAAACCUGACAGCUGAGGAGGAAGAGCUAAGAUCACGGAGGAUGAAGACUGAAUUCUUAUUGGACCUUGGAUUUGUUGAAAACUCGGAGGAAAUGAAAAGAGCACUCAAGUUAUUUCGAGGGAAGGGACUGAAUCUUCAAGAGAGGUUUGAUUGUUUUGUAAAUGCUGGUUUUAGCAAAAAGGAUGUUGCUGAGAUGGUCAAAGAAUCUCCAAAUAUCCUUAAUCUGUCUAAGGAUGCCAUUGAGACAAAGAUUGAGUUUCUUGUAAACGAUUUGGGCUAUCCUGUGUCUAUUUUAAGAAAGUUUCCACCAUGCAUCUCCUACAAGAUAGAAAGGAUCAAACUUAGGCUUACAAUGUAUAAUUGGCUUAAGGACCAGGGUGCUGUGGAGCCCAAUCUCGCAUUAAGCACUGUGCUAGCAACUGCUGACAAGUUGUUCAUCAAGGCAUACGUAGAGCAGCAUCCUGAAGGCCCUGCAGUUUAUGAAAGGCUAAAACAAACAAUAUGUUCACAUUAGACAUGGUCAUUUUUCUAUAAUUAGCUUGAGUUUUCUAUCCUUGCAACUGGGAUGUACAGACUGUUUGCCAGCUCAUCCUUGUGGAAUCAUCCUGCAUCAAAUUAAAUGCAAAGAUAUUGAAUGCCUCUAUUGAUCUUACAAAGCAUCAUUAUAUCAGCAACACAAGUUAGGAUUUGACAUCAGGAUAAUUACCUACGUAAAGGGGUGAAACAGAGUAACAUUGAAGCAGGGUUUGGCACAUUUGUGGGUAUGGAAGGGUGCAGUCGAAGUGCUUCUUUCCGUAUAGCCUGCAGGUAUAGAAGCUUCGGUAUAUCUGACUCGACAGUCUUUGAUUUCUACCCAAUGACUCAAUCCAUCUCCUCUCGUGCUUGCUGGAGGAUGUUAGAAGUCUGCAGCAUCUCCGCGAGCGCCCACUCUAUAACUCUUGAAAACGUGUCCGUCCCAACAACAAACAGAUUCUAAUGGAAAGAUGUACACAUGAAAGCGAUUGGCGUUAACCAAAAAUUCACAGAAUUGAAAAUUCAUUACUAUAUAAAAAUGGUACUUUGGGGUACCAAGUGUAAGCAUUCUUUUGGUAAUUUGGAA